AAAUCUCUGCGUUUUCCACACACACACACACAUAGACAUUGGCAAAACGGACAAUAGAAUUAUUAUUGAAACGAUUCUGUGAAACGGAACGCUACGGAUUCCAGUCGUUGGAUAGAACUCUGUGGCACACAACAUACAAAACACCACACAACAUCCUCUCAAUUCGAUCAUGGAUCCUGAAUUUGUGAAUAAAUAUAAUCAGGUGCUCAGCCGUUUGAAGCAAGUGGAGAAUUUCGAUGGUACCGAUCCCGGAAAGUUACCACAAUUUUUAAAUAAAAUCGAAGCACUUAUGCCGGCCAUUAAUAGUUUUGAUGAAUUUUAUAAAACUCAAUUGAUUGGCCAUAUUAAAAAUAAAUGUACUGACCGUGCCCGAGAUGCCGUAUUCACACGCCAAAUGAGUGCUCCAGCGGGGCCGGCCAAUGGUCAUGGUGGUGGAGCACAUCGCACCGAAUCCUGGCUGAAAAUCAAGGAUCAAUUGCUACACAAUUAUGCGGAAAGGGAGAGUAGCUAUGCCCUGAUUCAUAAGUUACGCAGUGCCGUCUUGGACUCAAAUAUUGAAUUGUAUUAUCAAAAGAUAUCGAAAUUGAAGCAUCGCCUAAUUAAUCGCAAAUUGACCCACAAUGACACACUAUACUCGUUGGAGGACAUCGAAAGGAUAACACUGCAAGUGUUUCGCGAUCAUUUGCCAGAGCCAACGCAUUCAAUGAUAUUGCGCCGCAAUCCCAAAUCCAUGGAGGAGGCCUACAGAUACAUAGUGGAAGUCCAGCAGCAAUUCUACACGCAAAGUGGAUCCCUUGGCCUGGAUCAGGGGGCAACAUUCAGCACUAGCCACAAGCAGACCUACGGAGGUAUCGGCAGUGGCGUGGGUGUGGGCAUGGGUGGUGUGGGCAUCAGCACCGUGGGCCUGGGCAUUGGCGUGGCCAGCUGCAGUGGCGGCGGCGGUGGCAUCGGAGUCGGUGGCAAUGGGGGCAACUCCUACUCCUCAUCAUACCAGAGGCAAAUGUCUGAUAGGGGCUUGCAAAAUAAAAACUAUUACAAUCAAUCUGCCCCCUUGGUGGGUGCUGGCAAAUCGAAUCCCAUGUUCAAAAGUAUUGGCGGUAAUCCGGCAUUCAAAUCGAGUUUUAGUUAUAAUGGAUCGAGCAGCAGCAGCAGCAACAAUAGUUUUAUGGGCUUAGAUAAAAACAAAUCCAAGGAUAAUUCCGCCAAUAAUAAGAAUAAAAAUAUGAAGAUGACCAGCGGUUGGCGAAAGUGAAUCGACUUGAGUUGAGCUGGGUUGAAGUGAAGUGAAGUGAAGUGGGAUUGAUACGUUGAAUUUGGUUUUGAUUUGUUAUGAUUUGGUUGGAUUAAGUCAUAGGUGUAUACAAAUUAUCGCUAAUGGCAUGACCUAAGCCUAUGACUAAGAAAAGUGCAACCACAGCCAGCAACAAACAGCAUCAACCUAAUGCUAAUUGCCCACCACGCUACCAAGUCAAUCCAGUCAACCAGUCGCCCAGUCACCCAGUCGCCCAAGUCACCCCAGUCACCAAUCUCCAAUCUAAUAAGAAUACACAAAUUAGUCAGGUGAAUGCCGCCAUCGAUGAUAAUGAUAAUGAUGAUGAUGAUGAUGAUGAUAAUAAUGCUGAUGAUGAUCGCAGUACCGACAUGUUAAUUAUUAGCUCAUAGCUUCCAAAUGUACAUAAAGACCCCCACCAAAAUGCCCCAAUCCUAUUUCUAUUGCUAUUUCUUUCUUCUUUUUUUUUUUGUUUUUUGUUGUUUUUGUUUCUUCUUUCCUCUUUCAAACUUAUUUACAAUAAACUGUAAAAUCUAACACUAUCCCAUAA